AUGAUUUCACCACACGACACUCCUCCCCUAACGGUUGCAAUUGUUGGUGGCGGUAUUGGAGGGCUCUGCACUGCCCUUUCACUUCACCAUCACUGUGGUGCUGCACUUUCAAUAGACGUAUAUGAACAAGCACCGCAAUAUAAGGAGAUUGGCGCUGGUGUGGGGAUAGGCGUUAAUGCUGCAAAACUCCUCUACAAAGUAGGCAUUGGCCAGAAAGUCGCAGCAAUUGCAGGAAAACGGAGCGGUAUAUGGAUCACCUUUCGUAAGUUCGAUGAUGGAACAGAUGUCGUCACGGUGCCAUCGGCAGACACAGAUGGCAUCCCACAGUUACCAGUUCAUCGAGCAGAAUUCCUGGAUCUUCUCGUUGAUAUUGUGCGAGAGAAAAACGCAGCGGCACUCCAUACCAACAAGAGGUGUCGAAAGCUGACUGAGCAGGGAGACCAAGUCGCAAUCGACUUCGAGGACGGGACAACUGCGAAGGCACACCUGGUCAUCGGCUGCGAUGGCAUCCAUUCUGCCGUAAGGGCACAAUUUACCAGUGACAGCCCCGAUUACAGUGGGAGAAUCGCCUACCGGGGACUAGUACCCAUCUCUGAGAUCGAGGCGUGGUGGGGGUUUGAGACAUAUGCCGUGACAUGGCUAGGGAAGAAUCGACAUUUCCUGUGCUUCCCAAUUUCGCAGAAUAAAGUCCUCAACAUUGUUGCGUUCGUCGCGGAGAAAGAGGAGAACUUGGGUGACUUGAAGGAAAGUUGGACUGCGGUCGGGAAGAAAGAGGAAGUAUUUGAAGCCUUUAGUAAAUUCGAGGAAAAGGUCCAGAAGCUCAUUGGCCUCAUGGAUGAUCAGCCAUCAAAAUGGCUGAUAAACGACCGAAAGCCACUAGAUCAAUGGAUAUAUCUUGGAGGCAAGGUGGUGCUCCUAGGCGACGCUGCACAUGCCAUGACCCCACAUCAAGGCGCUGGUGCAGGUCAGGCCAUUGAGGAUGGGUACAUCCUGGGCCGUGCGCUUCAAGAUUUUCUCAGGGACUCGCGAUCAAGUUCGAAUUCGUUGGGGUCCUGGGCUCAGCUAUACCAAGCCGUGCGGCUCCCUCGAGCGCAAAAAGUCCAGCGGACUUCUCGAGACGCGGUCGAGAUCUACCAGGCUCAAGCGGAUGUGAUGAAAGAUUUACCCUUUGAUGAAUGCGUCCCGGAGAUUCACAAGCGAGUCAUUGAUAGAAUGCGCUGGGUGUGGACUGAUGAUGUUGACGCUGAAUAUGAUCAGGCUGUGGAGAACUCGAAAGUGGUGCAUGAGCAACAUAGAGUAGUACAUUCCUAG